GCGGCGCAGGCGGAGGUGGCGGCGGCGGAGGCGCCGCUGGGGGCGGAGCUGGAGGCGGAGCUGGACCUGGAGGGGGCGGAGCUGGAGGAGGUGGACGUGCACAUCCAGGAGAACCUGGAGGACGCUUUGGUGCAGGAGGCCCUGAGGACGGGCGUGGACCUGCUCCAGUAUUCCCGGCAUGUGGAGCUGGAGCUGCAGGAAGUGGAAAGAGCCUCCAUCCAGGACUACAUCAAGGAGAGCGAGAACAUCGCAGAGCUGCACAACCAGAUCACGGCCUGUGAUGCCAUCCUGCAGCGGAUGGAGCAGAUGCUGAGCUCGUUCCAGUGUGACCUGAGCAGCCUGAGCUGGGAGAUCCGGGCCCUGCAGGACCAGUCGGUGGCCAUGAACCUGCGGCUCCAGAACCGCCGGAAUGUCCGGGAAAAGCUGGGACAGCUCCUGGAUGAGCUCGUGGUGCCCCCGGCCAUGAUCAGUGCAAUCCUGGAGGCGCCGGUGACGGAGCCGGAGUUCCUGGAGCGGCUGCGGGAGCUGGACGGGAAGAUCGGGGCGGUGAAGGAGCAGGCGUUCCGGGACACCCUGGCCUGUGCCGACGUCCAGCACGUCCUGGACAAGCUCAAGGUCAAGGCUGUCACCAAAAUCCGGGAAUUUGUCCUGCAGAAGAUUUACUCCUUCCGCAAACCCAUGACCAACUACCAGAUCCCCCAGGAUUCUCUCCUCAAAUACAAGUUUUUCUACCAGUUCCUGCUGGGCAACGAGCGGAACGUGGCGCAGGAAUUGCGGGAUCAGUACGUGGAGACGGCCAGCAGGAUCCACUUCUCCUACUUCAAAUCCUACACUGGGCGCCUCAUGAAGAUCCAGUACGAGGAGGUGGCGGAGAAGGACGACCUGAUGGGUGUGGAAGACACGGCGAAGAAAGGGUUCUUCUCCAAGCCGUCCCUGAAGAACAGGAACACCGUGUUCACCCUCGGCAACCGCGGCAGCGUCAUCGCCCCCGCCGAGCUCGAGGCGCCCAUCAUCGUCCCCCACGCCGCCCAGAAGAGCGACCUCAGGUACCCGUUCGAGUCGCUGUUCCGCAGCCAGCACUACGCCCUGCUGGACACGAGCUGCCGGGAAUUCGCCUUCCUCUCGGAAUUCUUCCUCGUCUCCGGCAAUUCCGCCCAGGAAUUGUUCGACGCCGUCAUGGGGAAGACCCUGGCCAUGUUCCUGAGGCACAUGGAAGGGUUUGUGUCCGAUUGCUACGACGGCAUCGCCGUCUUCCUCUGCAUCCACCUCGUGCUGCGCUUCCGAGGCAUCAUGGCCAAGAGGAAUGUCCCUGCCGUCGACAGGUACUGGGGGUCUCUGCUGGCGCUGCUGUGGCCGCGCUUCGAGCACAUCCUGGAGCUGCACAUCCAGAGCAUCCAGAGCACCGACCCCCAGAAACUGGGAUUCCUGGACACGCGGCCCCACUACAUCACGCGGCGUUAUGCGGAGUUCUCCUCGGCCAUCGUCAGCAUCAACCAGACCUGCCCCAGCGACAGGAGCGACGCCCUGCUCAGCAGGCUGCAGAUGGAAGUGGAGAACCUGGUGCUCCGCGUGGCCGCCGAGUUCCCGUCCCGCCGGGAGCAGCUCGUCUUCCUCAUCAACAACUAUGACAUGAUGCUGGGGGUGCUCAUGGAACGGGCGGUCGAGGAGAGCAAAGAGGUCGAGGGGUUCCAGCAGCUCCUUUCAGCCCGAACUCAGGAGUUCGUGGAGGAGCUGUUGGCGCCCCCUUUCGGCGGCCUCGUCACCUUCGUGCGUGAGGCGGAGGCGCUGCUGGAGCGAGGGGAGGGCGAGCGCCUCAAGGGCCACGAGGCCCGGGCCACGCAGCUCAUCCGGGGCUUCUCCAGCACCUGGAAAAGCUCUGUGGAAUCCCUAAGCCAGGACGUCAUGAGAUCCUUCAGCAACUUCAAGAUUGGCACCAGCAUCAUCCAGGCGGCCCUGACACAAUUGAUCCAGUUCUACCACCGCUUCCAGAAGGUUCUGGAGCAGCCACCACUCCGGACGCUCCCGGCACGCUCCGACCUCAUCAACAUCCACCACCUCAUGGUUGAGCUCAAGAAGCACAAACCCAACUUCUAGGGGGGCCGCAAAAUCCUGGGAAUCCCCCCCAAAAUCCCUGGGAAUCUCCCAAAUCCCUGGAACCCCUGAAAUUCCCACUUUUCCACCCCCAAAUUCCACGUGGGAAUAAAGGACCAAGGCUCCCUGUGAUGGGUUAGUGCUCUGGGGGUGAGGGGAGUUUAGGGAAAGCUGAAGGACCCCGAAAUCCCUGGGAAUGCCCCUAAAAUUCCACUGACACCCCCAAACUUCCCCACUUCCCCCCCAAAUUCCAUGUGGGAAUAAAGGGACUGAAGGCUCCAA